AUGGCGUUCUUCACAGCCCUUGCAGACUUGCAGGACAAGUGUGCCUGUUUCCUUUGCUUCGAUCUCUUUAAAAAUGCCGUGACCAUUCCCUGUGGGCACAACUUCUGCCGGUCCUGCAUCUGUUUGUUCUGGAAAGGUCUAAAUGACACCUUCCCCUGCCCUGUCUGCCAGAUUAGCUUUCCACAGAGAAGAUUCUACAAGAACACCCAGAUCCAGAACUUGGUCGAUAUCACUAAAGACCUGCAGAGGACACAGAGGAAGCGUAGGAGGCAGGAAAAAUGCACUGUGUGUCAGAAGCACAAUCAGCCUCUGGCCCUGUUCUGUGUGCAGGAUCUGGAAGUCUUAUGUAUCCAGUGUAGCUUCUCUAAAGAACACCGGACACAUUACACCUGGGCUGUGAAGAGAGCCGCCUCUCGACACAGGAGAAUUCUAGAAGGCCACAUUGAGCCUUUGCAGUACAAAGUGAAAGUAACUGAAAAAGCACUGACUCAGCAGCACAGAAGAGCUCUUGAACUAAGGAAGAAGUUCAGGUAUUAUAAAAACAAAGAGAUAAGUGUUGAAUUUGAGCAAGUCAAACUGUUUCUGCAGAAUGAGCAUGAGGCACUUCUAAACAAGAUACGUAUUGAGGAGUUGGUGGCUUUGUCAGAACUGAAGAAAUAUGUUGGGGCCCUGUCAGACCAUAUUUCCACAUUAGAAGAUCUGUUGAAGAAAGCAGAGGCCGAGGAUGUUCAGUCAGAUGUCACACUCCUGACAUGUGUUCCGAGAACCUACCACAGCUUCAAACACCUGAGGCGCCCCGAACCCUGGUCAUUCAGGGCAAAGCAAUAUGGUCUCAGUCUCCCUCCGCAGUAUUCUGGCCUGGACAGAAUCAUCAAGCAAUUUCAAAUAGAUGUGACUUUUGAUCUUGACACAGCACACCCUCAGCUUGUUAUUUCUAAGGACAGGAAAUCUGUGUUUUAUGGAGAAGCAAGACAAGAAGGAUGUGUUCCUGUUAGCCCUCGGAGAUUUUGCCUCUGGCCUGCUCUCCUGGGGUGUCAAGGAUUUCAUUCGGGUCGUUGUUACUGGGAGGUAAAAGUGGGAAACAAGCCCAUGUGGACACUGGGGGUGUGUCAAGACUGCCUUCCUGGGGACUGGAGCAAUCAGCCCUCGGUUGCUGAGGGCUUCUGGGCAAUUGGGAGACACAGUGAGAGUGGCUAUGUCACGUAUGGGCCUAAAAGAACAGAGCUUCUCCCAGUGGUUCAGCCCAGCGCCAUCGGCAUCUUUUUGGAUUAUGAAUUGGGUGAGCUCUCCUUCUAUAAUAUGAACGACAGGUCUCUUCUCUACACUUUCAGUAAUUCUUUUACCAGCACCAUUUGGCCUUAUUUCUGUACAGAAACAGAUUCUGAACCUCUUAAAAUCUCGGGCAUAGUACGGACGAAGGGUCUUAGUUCUUAA